CGAGUUUCUCGGUAAAGUGUGGCGGGAAGAUACAGGGUUACCGGAUCCGUGACGUCAUGGCCGAUAAUUUAGAAUUUAACGACAUCUACCAGGAAGUGAAGGGGUCCAUGAAUGAUGGACGUUUACGCCUUUCUCGAGCUGGGCUCAUGUAUAAAAACAACAAAACAGGAAAAGUGGAGAACAUUGCAUCCACUGAUCUUGCUGAGGGAAUAUGGCGGCGUGUGGCACUGGGAUACGGCAUUAAAAUCUUGACACAAGCGGGGCAUGUGCAUAAAUAUGAUGGCUUCAGAGAGAACGAAUACGAGAAGCUGUCUGAAUAUUUUAAGUCACAUUUUCAAGUAGAUCUAGUUGAAAAAGAUCUCUCUGUAAAAGGCUGGAACUGGGGAAGUGUUCGGUUUGGAGGGCAGCUACUUGCAUUUGAUAUUGGGGAACAGACUGCCUUUGAGCUCCCUCUCAGUAAUGUAUCUCAGUGCACCACCGGGAAGAAUGAAGUGACUCUUGAGUUUCAUCAAAAUGAUGACUCAGAAGUUUCUCUCAUGGAGAUCCGCUUCUAUGUUCCUCCAUCGCAGGAUGAUGGUGGAGAUCCAGUGGAGGCUUUUUCAAAGAACGUUGUAUCUAAGGCAGAUAUCAUACAAGCAACAGGUGAUGCAGUUUGCAUAUUUAGGGAGCUGCAGUGCUUAACUCCACGUGGACGAUAUGAUAUCCGUAUAUAUCCUUCAUUCUUGCACUUGCACGGCAAAACAUUUGACUACAAAAUUCCCUACACAACAGUAUUGCGUCUGUUCCUACUACCACACAAAGACCAGAGGCAAAUGUUUUUUGUGAUCAGUUUGGAUCCCCCAAUAAAGCAGGGACAGACCCGUUACCAUUUCCUAAUCCUUCUUUUCUCAAAAGACGAGGAAAUCAGUUUGACCCUCAAUAUGAGCGACGAAGAAGUUGAAAAGCGCUAUGAGGGUAAGCUGAAGAAGGAUAUGUCAGGCUGCUUAUAUGAGAUGGUCAGUCGUGUGAUGAAGGCUCUUGUAAAUCGCAAGAUCACUGUACCAGGAAAUUUUCAAGGUCAUUCAGGAGCUCAGUGCAUCACUUGCUCCUACAAAGCCACCUCCGGACUACUUUAUCCCCUGGAACGUGGAUUUAUCUACGUACACAAGCCACCUGUACAUGUUCGCUUUGAUGAGAUCAAUUGUGUUAAUUUUGCACGUGGUACCACUACCACUAGGUCGUUUGACUUUGAGAUAGAGACAAAACAAGGAUCUCAAUAUACUUUCAGUAGCAUUGAGAGAGAGGAAUAUGGAAAGCUUUUUGACUUUGUGAAUGCCAAGAAACUAAACAUCAAAAAUAGAGGACUUAAAGAGGGUAUGAAACAAUCAUAUGAUGAAUAUGCUGGCUCUGAUGAAGAUCAGCACGAUGCAUAUCUUGAAAGAAUGAAAGAGGAGGGGAAAAUUCGGGAGCAUGCAGACAGUGAUGACUCUGGUGAUGAGACUGACGAGUCCUUUAAUCCUGGAGAGGAAGAAGACGAAGUGGCAGAAGAAUUUGAUAGCAACCCCUCUGUCAGCUCGUCUAGUGCGGGUAGUGAUGAGGAUGAAGAGGACAAGAAAAAGAAAGCGAAAAAACCUAAAAUUGUAAAAGAGAAGAAACCACGCAAAAAAAAAUCAAAGGAGGGAAAGAAGACUAAAGACCCUGCUGCCCCCAAGCGUCCUAUGUCUGCAUAUAUGUUGUGGUUAAAUGCAAGUCGUGAGAAAAUUAAAGGUGAUAAUCCAGGGAUUAGUAUCACUGACCUGUCCAAAAAAGCAGGAGAGAUCUGGAAGGGGAUGGGCCGUGACAAGAAAGAGGAAUGGGACCGCAAAGCAGAGGAAGCUAAACGAGAUUAUGAAAAAGCAAUGAAGGAAUAUAAUGAGAACGCACCUGCUGCGCCUUCUGACUCUACCAAGAAGGAAAAGAAAUCAAAAACCGAAAAGAAGAAACCUGAGAAACCAGAGAAACAAGAGAAGAGGAAGUCCACAAAAGUAUCAUCAUCACCAGCAAAGUCAUCUCCCAAAGGUGUCUCAGAAAGCUUCAAGAGCAAGGAGUUUGUGUCUAGUGAUGAGAGCUCAUCUGACGAAAGCAACAAAAAGGGCUCAGAUGAGGAAGCAGCCAGCACACCACCUUCAUCCAAUGAAUCCGGAUCAGAUUAACCCCCCAUACACACAUAGUGGGACCCUCAUUGUGAGGGAUCUGCUAAUAUUGAUUAUUUUGUUGUUGCGAUGAUGAGAGACAUGAGUGUAUUAAGGAUUGUAGAUAUGUAUAAAUUUCAGUGCGUCAUUGAAAUGUAAGGUUAAAACACAGAUAUGUUUGUAUUUCCUCCAUCUCUACCAUCCAUCACUCAGCUCUAUCUCAUUUGCUAUUUUUGUUAAUUUGUAAUAAAAUAUUCUCUUGGUUU